AUGGCACCCCCUGUUGUCGGAACCAAGGGAACUGACCAGUGGGAGCUGGACCUGCAACAAGCAGCCCCAGCACGGCCGCAUUUGCCAUCAGCGGCCGUGUCACAGGGUCAAUGGCUUGGGGCUGCCACAGGUCCAAGUCCACGAGCUGGAUCAUCGGGCCUGCCCGACGACCACCGCAGCAGACCACAACUCCAACUCUCCUCUGGUUUCUCACGCCUUUCGUCAUUCGCCUCCAAGCGCUCGUUUCAUUCAUCUUCUUUUGAGGCCGACGACGAAAGAAGUAGCAGUGACGAAGACGACGAUUUCGACACAUUAUAUUUCCGACACCGUCGCAGCAUGAGUCCACCACCGCCGCGUCGCCGCCGAAGUAAUGGCAGCCUGACACCGUCGCUGCUGCCACCGCCGCGAUACCCGGGCGAGGAUACCAGGCCGACGAGUUCUAAGGAGCUUGCUGGCUGGUAUGCGUACGCAUUUGCGGCCGAGGUUUAUGUAAUUUGUGCAAUUGGCUCCUUCAUCCCCAUCCUCCUCGAGACCCUCGCCCGAGAGAACGGCGUCCUCCUCUCAGACCGAACAACACCCUGCGGGCCGAGUUCCGAGGCCGAGGGUCAAUGCGUGGUGUACGUCCUCGGCAUGGAGAUCAACACAGCCAGCUUCGCCAUGUACACCUUCAGUGUUAGUGUGUUGCUGCAGGCGCUGCUGGUGGUGAGCAUCAGCUGUGCGGCCGACCACGGCAACUACCGCAAGAAGCUGCUGCUCGCGUUCGCCUGGAUCGGCAGCUCCUGCGUCAUGCUGUAUAUCCUGGUCAACAAGAGCACCUACCUGCUUGGCGCGCUGCUGGCGAUCAUUUCGAAUACGUCGUUUGGAGCAUCGUUUGUCUUACUGAACUCGUUCCUGCCGCUACUGGUGCGGCAUCACCCUUCGAUUAGCGAUUCUAGUGAGAAUGAUUUGGAUGACGAUCACCAAAACGGCUCUGGGGUCAAUUACGGCACUACCUCCAACGGGCGGGGAUCUCAUCAUACCCCCAGCGCGGAGGAGCUCGAACAGGACGUGGUCGAUUCAACAACGGCCCUACUGCCACAUAGGCGGCUCGAGGACGGUCGUCCCCUGUCUAAGGUUCGCACCCACGAAGAACUGACCUCCCAGGAGCUUAGCCUCUCAACACAUAUCUCAUCCAAAGGCAUUGGCAUCGGUUACAUUGCUGGGCUAUUCCUGCAGUGUGCGGCCAUUUUCAUGCUCGUAAAAAUGAACAACACUACUUGGGGGCAGCGCGUGGUCCUCUUCGUUAUUGGCGCUUGGUGGGCUAUCUUCACCAUCCCAGCUGCACUUUGGUUACGGCCACGGCCCGGUCCUCCCUUGCCAGGCUCUCUGAAGCAAGGAAAGCUCCGGGCACUUGUCUCCUACACCUUCUACGCAUGGAAGUCUCUCUUCCGCACAAUACAGCUCGCCCGUCGCCUGGUCGACAUCGUGCUCUUCCUCGGCGGCUGGUUCCUUCUCUCGGAUGCCAUCGCAACCACCUCGUCGACAGCCAUCCUCUUUGCCAAGACACAACUGCACAUGGAGCCAUGGGCACUGGGUAUGAUCAACGUGAUCUCGACAGCGGCCGGUAUUGUGGGCGCCUUCUCGUGGUCCUGGCUCUCGCGCCGCUUCCGGUUGCGCGCGCACCAGACCAUCUUGGCGUGCAUCGGCCUCUUUGAGAUCAUCCCGCUGUACGGCUUGGCCGGCUACCUGUCGUUUGUCCAGCGGUGGGGCGUGGGCGGGCUGCAGCAGCCGUGGGAGAUGUACCCGCUUGCAGCCUUGUACGGAUUCGUGUUGGGCGGUCUGAGCGGGUACUGCCGUUCGCUGUAUGGCGAGCUGAUCCCGCCUGGCUCGGAAGCAGCGUUUUAUGCGCUGUAUGCCAUCACUGAUAAGGGGUCCAGCGUAUUCGGCCCUGCGAUUGUGGGUGCCAUCAUUGAUGCGUCGGGGGAGAUUCGGCCAGCGUUUUGGUUCCUUGCCGCGCUGGUCGGAUUCCCUGCGCCGCUGAUCUGGUGCAUCAACGUGGAGAGGGGCAAGAUGGAGGGCGAGAAGCUGGCGGAGAUCAUUGAGGGGUUCAAGGCGCAGCAGAGCGAGUCCAGUGAGGAUGAGGACAACAGACGCAUCCUGGAUGCGUAUGAUUCCCAGUCGGGCCCGCGGUGA